AGUCGUAUUUGAUUGAGACAAAAAUAUGCAAGUGAAAGUGCCGGCUGUUAAUCGAUGCUGCUGGUGUUUGCCUCUUCGACCUGGAAUUAUUUUAUUUGCUUAUAUCAAUAUUAUAUUAUCGGUGCUCUCGUUGAUAUGUUUGCUGGUCACCACGGAAUUACACCGGGCGUCCAUCACACCGGAUGACUCCAUAAGCAUAAUGACAUCUAGCGUUCUAUACAGCCUUCUUGGUAUGGGAGUGAUUUUGAACUUUUUGCUACUUGUUGGAGGUUACCAGAAAGAUAUAUCGAUGUUGCGGUUGUACAUUUAUUACGCUGUCGCUGCAAUGCUUGCUUCACUGGUUCCGAUUGCAAUCUUAAUAUUUAAAGAAAUGUUUUUGGAGAUAUUCAUCAGUUUGUUUGUCGUAGCAACGCAGUUUUACGUAAUAGUGCUAGUACGCAGCGAGGUGGUAAAGUUGGAAGAAAACGAAUUGAGGAGUAUCGCUGAAGUUCACGCCGAGGUACAGGAGCAAGUGAAUGUGUCGGAGCGUAUCACUUUAGUAUAGAUUAUUUCGUUCUAUCUGUCUUCGUGUUAAAAAUCAUAAUAAAAAAUAUUUUGU